UCUUUCACGUGAACGCCACGGACGUUCGCGUCAUUACAGUCGUAUUUAUUUCCAGAACGCAUCGCCCGAUAGAUAACGACGAUAGUUGAAGCCUAGCGCGAGCAACAUCAACAGGAACGCGAUGAAAAAUGUUAACACCUAGAAGUCUGCGAAUGUGGUCACAUAUUCCUUCGUCGAGAAUGCGCGCAAACCGUUGCAACGCGGUUAAGCAAUACGUCAGUGAAGUUACGAGGCGCUCGGAACGGAACGUUCUCCAAAAUGGCCGCCGCGACGAGCUGUUCGGUCGUUUGAAUCGGUUCACAAGGAAGUCCCGUUGACUCGAAAUGUAUCUUGUUAUACAGUGAAUAUAAUCGUGCGUGAAAAGUGAAUGAACAUUUUCGUGAACUUCAUCGAACCGCCAGCUGUAUCGCGCCGCGAGGGUUCGCGUUUACAACGAACGCGUGAACUAACGGUGAGCCAGCAGGGUUAAAGAACUGUCGGCAAUUAUCGUGGCGACGAGGACGUCAAUAGAAAGUAAUCCAGCGUUCAUUAAUAUUUAAAAGCCGUUACGACAAUUUGUAACUUUCGAACUGGGUCACGGUCCAAUCAGGCAACGAGUAGAAUGGAGUGGAAGACGUUCCGACUUCUGCUCCCUUGCCAAAUAAUUACUUAACGCUCGCGUUGAGGCUGUCUGUGUGACGAUUCUAGGAAACGUAGAAGCCGAUUAUUCUUUUAAGAGAACCUCGUCGAAUUCUAUUUUCUCUGAUAGCGACAUCCACGAGUACAAUGUUGAAUGUUCUGUAAAUGAUCUCUGUGAACCUUGCGAAACCAAAGGAAAUAUAGUUCUCGAAAGAAUAGUUCGUUGGAAAGUUUACGAUACAGUUCGCCUUGUUCGAAUACGAAAAUCAUCGCAGAUAAUCACCGCAGAACGAUUCGUAUCAGAGAUAUACCGUGUUUCGGAAUCCUAAGCCCGUGUAAUAUAUUUACCGCUGAAAUGCCAGUGGCUUUUAUCGCGUCACCGUCUACGACUGACUUUAAUAGAUUACACACUCGAACCUGUUUGUAAUUAGAUAACGUGUUCCAUACCGAGGUAUGCGUUAUUGUGCUCCUACGUCGGAAAGAAGAAACACUUCGUUGCGUUCCUUCGUUUUAUUCUACCUCUGUUGAAAUCCACUAUCGCGUUAACAAUGUAUUCCUGGUACUCAAUACCAGAUUUCCAAACACUAUUUACGAAGAUUCAUUUCCGACAUGGUUCAAGAAUAUAGUAAAAUAAUCGACAAAAGUGUCCUGACUUAGAAUGCAACGCAACGAAGAAAUCCACUAGCAUGAUUUUUCUAGAUCAAGUGAAAAUCGAUACUGAUUAAGGAAUCGGUAAAUUCUCUAGAAACGAGAUAUUCGCUAAAAGUGCGUUCUACCUUUUUAAAUGAGAAUCACGAGGAUCCCUUUCUCGGGUUGAUCGAUAAUUCACGCGAUAAUGCUAGGGAAUAAUAAGUUCGUUGAAUGUCGGUGUUGAGGUACCUUGAAUUUCGUGGACAGAACGUUUCUUGUUGGUCAUGGCGCUCGAAAUUGCUAACACCACCUGUCCCUGUAACGUUAAGAUGAGUACUGAUCCGUCCUUUCAAUUCCGUUAUCAUCUUACGUCUAUCGCCGCUUAUCAAUCGAAACAUGCAAGCCGACAAUUAAUUCCGGAGUGAUUUAUCGCGAUUCGAUACAGAGAGAGGGAGAGAGAGAGAGAGAGAGAGAGAAUUGAUUCAGAUACAGACCGAUCCGACGAAAUUCGGCGUAGUCCGUUGAAGUCCCCGGGGCGAAGACCAAACGGAACUCGUCAUCGACCAUCAUCCUCGUUGUCCCCGUCGUCAUCGUAACCGAGUUUCGUCGGCGAACUGCAUUCGUAACUGGCUUCAACGAAAACGACGUAAUGUAUCAUCGUCGAACGUACUUCCUCGACAUGUGUCAUUUGUUUAAACAACAUGUUUCACCCGAGGCACGUGAACCGAGUGGCCAUACUCCUCGAUGACCUCGUCAGAACAGGAUAAAGAAACAAAACGGGUGAGUGAAUGUGAAAAUUCUGCUUAUUUACUGGAUACCAGGUUAACCCGAGCUAAAUCGAACAUUAACGAACAGAUCGAUUGUAUGGACCAUACUCGUAAUCCAGAGAAUCUCUUGAUUCUAAUAUCGAGCAUCGAUCGAUCUCCAUUCUUCGAGUAGGGUCGACGGAAAUUGAACACUAUCGGGAACAUUUAAUUCCCAGAUAAGCGUGUUCAACAAUUCUGUUUUGGACAACAAAGGAAGUACUCCAGCCGCGCGCUUAAUCGAACUUAAUUACGCGGGAAACUUUAAUUAUCGAUAACUCUGUUUACUUUCCUCGAUUCCCGUGUCCACGAUAACAAUAUUCCGUGGAAGCUUUCUAAAGAAAAUCGUCGUGUUCGUUCGCUGAAUUUUAUUCAUUUUUAUUAUUUUAUUCGAUACGCGUGUAUAUACGUUAUCAACGGCGAUGAUUAAAGUUCUAGUUGGAAUUGUAGAUGAAAUAAAUGGUUUUAUAAUGAUAGAAAUAAUGCGAUUCGAAUGUCGCGAUGUUUGCGAAAUGACGGCGUUUAAUAAAUUAUGUGAAUUCCCACCGCCCCGUGGCGCUACCCAGGAGCGGGCAGGUCGCCGCUGGUGAAAGAGGAAUAGUGACGAACGGGAGAAACAAAAUGAAACCGAGAAAGCAUUUAUGUGUGCAGCGACAUACCUGUCACGGUCUGUGUCACUUUAUUCUUCUUCCGACUGUCCAUAUUUUCGCCUAUAUUUGAGCCUAUACGAUGAGCCAGAUAAAAUGCAGCUCGACUGCCAUAAAGUCUCGCUCCGUGCACCUUGCACGGAGAUAGCCAUUUGACACGAUGUCCUUGAAACACUGCAUCUAAAUAUGGAGUAGACAAUUCAAAUCCAACUCGUAAGAAACAGUGGGAAACUAUACGGGAAACGAUAGACUCCUGAGCAACGAUAGGAUCUUGAGAAUUGGAAAAAUGUACGUAGGUGGUCGAACCGCGAAAACGAUAUUGUUGAGACGCAGUAUGCUCCAUGGACGUUGUCAAUGCUCACGAAUGGUUUACAGAUGUUGGAAUUAGAACGAGAAACGAAUAGUCUAAAGUAAAGAGAGUUUUCCUAUCGAUUUUCCUAGAGGAAGAUCUUGCAAUGUUGUGAUGGAUCGAUAAGCGAAGAUCGACCUUCCCUAUAAAGCUGGUCGAAGGAGCAUUUCUGAUCAUAGAGUUGAAACAAACGAGAUUUCUUAUCCGAGGAAACAAUUAAGUUGUACGAAUAGAAUAGGAAACGAAUACUGUUGAUUGAACACCCCUAGCGGUGCUUUCACUAACCGGUGUAAUUUCUUACAGAUUCUAUAGUUUCUCAGAGUAUGGAGCAGGAAAAAUAAAAUAACACGAUAGAUGCCGCACGUCGGUGUACGGUCGGUUAUGUAGUGUAUAUGUGUUCAUGUCGUAUAUACUCUUCUCUCGCUCGAGCCGAGGACUGAGAUCGUUGUUUGGAAAACAAAUCGAUAGAACAGUUUUUGGAAUGAUGUACUUUUAUCUGUAACGUUAGAUCGUAGUGAAGCGGUAAAUCGGAUACAGGAUUGCCUAGGGCCUACGAGAACGUUAAUGCGGGCCUGAGGAUCGGACUGGUAAGGCGUUGUUGGCUUCGGAUAAAAUCGGGAUCGGAUAAAAUCGGGUCGGACGAACUGAGUCACAACCAGCUGAGGAGUGGGACGCGUUCGAUUACACUCGCCCGUUACAGAACUCUGGGGAACACGCACUAUGGGGUUCGAUUUGACCCGAUUUCAAGGCGAAGUUGAUCAGGAACUGAUUUGCCCAAUAUGCUCCGGAGUCCUGGAGGAUCCAGUCCAGGCACCUGAAUGCGAGCACACGUUUUGUCGCACAUGCAUUACCGAAUGGAUAAAGAGGCAAGCAAUUUGUCCUUUGGACCGCACACCAAUUGCCUCUGAACAACUCAGAGCAGCUCCCAGAAUUCUAAGAAAUCUAUUGGCACGUCUUUGUAUCAGUUGUGAUAAUAUCAUGGAAGGAUGUCAAGUGAUAAUCAAAUUUGAUAGUCUUCUUUCACAUUUGGAACACUGCGAAUACAAACCUGAAAGACCUAUGUUGUGCGAGCAAGGAUGUAGCCUUGUUAUUCCCAGAAACGAGUUGAAAGAUCAUAAUUGCGUGAAAGAACUGAGGAACAUCAUACAUACGCAAGAACAGAAACUCGAAGAUAUGAAGCGUGAAAUGAGUGAACAACAAUUACAAAUAACUGAGAACAGGAGAGAAUUACACCUUAUCAAAGAUUCUCUUAGAGCAUUGAAAUUUCCAGAUCCUGUUAUAAAAAACACAUAUAAUUAUGUUGAAAGCGUUGAAAUUGAAAGAUGGUCUGCUAGCCUCCCCCGAGCAAAAGUAACUAGAUGGGGAGGAAUGAUUUCUACACCCGAUAGAACAUUGCAGGCAAUGAUAAAGGUCAUUUUAAGACAAUAUAAUUGUCCACGUCACAUAAUUGAUGAAUUGACAGAAAAUUGUCAUGAAAAAAACUGGCCUUGUGGAUUAAGUUCUCUUGAAACAAGACAGAAUUCUAGACGACUAUACGACACUUAUGUUUGUAAACGAGUACCAGGCAAACAAAUAGUGAUAGCUCUCUAUUGCGAUAAUAAACACAUGCCACAAUUUAUGAUGACUCCACCUGGACUAGUGAUGAUUUUUGCACAUGGUAUUGAGUAAUGUUUUGUACAGAUGCUGUGCGCAUGUGAAAGAUAUUUUGAUGUCCAUUUAUUUUGUUGUUUGUUACGAUCACCGUGAUUAAUCUUCAAGGUGUAUGGGAUAUCUUUGUAAUUAUAUGCUGAUACUGGGAUAUUUACAUAAUAUGUCUGUAUUACGCAUUUCUGACGCAGGAUAUCGUUCAAAAAGUAUUGGAACGAACAAAUGGCAUAUGCCUUUUGUAAUAAACAAUUGUACAGUUGCAAUUGCCAUGUAAUAAAAAUCUAAUUGAUUGUCUGGAUUGUUACACUGUGAUAUACUACAGUAGUGGUCUCGUAGUGCGCACAGUUCAAGAGUUUCCGGUCGAAAAGUUAUUUCUAUUGCCUUGGUGUUAAAUCAAAUCACAGAGAUUGAAACUCUCAUGAACUAAAUUCGAAUAGCCCAAAAUCAUUUAUUCGAUAACAUAAAAAUACAAUUUCGAACUGUUUCUGACUGAUGCGAAUGAGAAACACGAGAAGCACUACGAGAAUCGCGAAAGCCGUGCAUUAUGGAAGCCAUUAUUGUACUGCAUUGAAAAAGUUCCUGAAAUCGCGUGAUAAAUAGUGUGCAGCCUUUUAGUUAUCAUUAAAAUGAGAGAUCCUGUAUGUACAUUUCCGGAAAUUCAACUCUCUUCGUUCGACUUCAUUGAACGGAGCAACUACUUAUCAACUAUUUCAGGAAAUUUUCCUACAUACAUAGAAAUCUGUAAGUGUUUUACUAUAAUACUUUAGACGAGUAAGAAAAAAAAGUAUAGAAAUUAUCGGUAUGGUAAUGGCAACUUUAAGAUUUCAAUGUGUUCUAAAAGAUAAGUC